AUGCAUAAUGGCAAUAACAUAUUCAUAAAGCCCAUUUUCUACCUCAAGUUGUCUAAACCCCAAUUGGUUGGUGUUGGUGGGCGGGGGGUGGCGGCAAUGGGAAGUGAGGGUGCUGCAAAAUCAAGGAAAGUAAUGGUGGUGGCAGACCCAAGCCGCGAGUCGGCAGGUGCGCUUCAAUAUGCACUCUCCCAUGUAGUUGUUGAGAAUGAUGAGCUAAUACUUCUCCAUGUCGAAAAUUCAUUUUCUUGGAGGAACUCAUUUUCGUUCCUAAAGAUAUCCAGCCUUCCACCAGGGCCUGUGCCCAACUUACCUGAAGGAGGUGGUGGAGUUGGGGAAGGUGACUUUCUUGAAGCAAUGAAGCAAGUAUGCCAGAUUGCACAGCCAAAAAUUCCUGUUCGCUUAGAGAGGACGCAGUUAAUGGAGAAGGCCAAAGACAAGGCGAAUGCUAUCCUUAAUAAAAGCAACCUGUUAGGAGUUGAUCUUCUUAUUAUUGGCCAGAGACGAGGUUUCUCUACAGCAAUAUUAGGUAAGAUGACUAGUUCUGCUCCUCAAGAAGAUCAUGAAAAUGAUGGGGAGAGGUAUAAGCGGUCAGGGGGUUCGGGGACAAAGGGGUUAGAUACAGCAGAGUAUUUGAUUAAGAAGAGCAAGUGCACUUGUGUUGCAGUACAGAAAAGGGGACAAAAUGCAGGUUAUGUCCUCAAUACAAAAACCCACAAAAAUUUCUGGCUCCUAGCAUGA